GGGAUCGUCAUCCAAGCCGCGACGCCCUUCGUCUUUCCUUUACUAAAGGGCCAUGGCUCAAAUAUAUUUCGGGACGGCCUGAGGCUGGUCCUCAUCACAUUCCUUGUAUCCUCUGUCCUAUGGGCUCAAAUCGACUUUAUCGGCCUUACUCUCGAUCCGACCUCGACUUCCGGUUGCCAAGUCGUCGUAAUUUUCAACUCCGUCUUCGAUCAACUGGCGCGAUUCGCCAUCGAACAGUUCCUGUUAUGGGCCAUCAACGCCAAAGCCAGCGCGCCUACUGGCGCAGUAGCCUACCAGGCGGUCCUCGGUGUGCGAUUCGUUAUGGGUGGCGUCUUUGUUGCGUUCCAAAAGGCACAGCUCUCCACUGUCUGUGUAGCUAGGAACAAUCUCUUGGCUAUGGGAGCCGUUGUCGUGGCCAUCGACUUCGUCAUAAUCGCCAUGCUUGCGUUUAGAGCCAGCUCGAUCGGUAUCACGCCCGUACAAAGUAAAAAGGCCGCCAUGUGGACGGUUGUGGGCUUGGGGCUUUGGACUGGGACAAGCAUCCCGCUACUUCUGGGUAUUGAUACGGAGUUGCUCUUCAGAACUGCUCUCCCUGCCACUGGCCUGUCGAUCCUCCUUGGUGCUGGUGGCGCUCUACCCACCAUUGCCGGAUCCAUUCCGGGACAGGCCAGCAUCGGGGUCGGCGGAGUUCCUGUCCAGGGCCAGCUAUUCCCACCGACCCGUUCACAGACCGCUCCUGUCAGAGAAAGCCGGAGAAUCGACGUCAAGCCUACCCUCUUGAAUAAGAGGAGCAUCUUUGACAAGGCUGGGUCAGCCUCGAACUUGAGGAACGCGAUCUCUAACCCAAUUCUCCAGGAAACUGGCGAAAAGAACCCCCUCAGCAAGAUCGCUACAAUUGAUCUCGCCACUGCUGCAAAGAAUGACAGGGAAAGACGGGGCAACGGACUGACGUUGAACCGAAACUCCAGCACUUUCAACGCCCAUCGCCCCGCUCCCAACCCCCCCGCUAUCACCCCGGAUGAGGCCCUCAGGCGAGCUCAGAGUGGGAAGCGGAAGGAGGUGGGAUUGGUCUCAGCUCCGGCGGAGCCUCCUCAGCUUAGAUCCGCGGGACUGAUGUCGAAUCCUCCGGCAACAACUUCAUCUGCUCAGCUAUCCCCGGGGGUCGAAGAGAUAAGACGUAGGUCUCCCAGACAGUCGCCCGAGGACUACCAACAAGACCGGGAGACAAGAUCGGCCACGCCCCAGCAGCCGAUUCCAGAGUCUAGCAACUCUCUGCCUCGUCCCUCGCGACCGGAACAACCCCUGAGUUCCUUUGAGAAGGUUGAGCGAUCUGCGAGCCAACGUACUGCAGAGACGUCCCUGAGCCAAACCACGCUUGAUCGGUCCGCGAGCCAGAACGCUGCUCGUUUGACGUCACCGAAGAAGCCGGACCUCCCAUCCACUUGGCCUAUCCAGAAAGUAGUCGACCCAACGAUUCGGCCGUCUAGGCAGAGGCCGCCAUCUCCAAAGACACCACCAGUUGCUUCUCUGCAACGGAGGCCAACCGGUGGUCUGCCAUCUAACCCGAGAGCGAUGACAAUGAAACCCGUGGCCAAGGAACAUUCUGCUCCCCAAGAGCAGACGGUCAUGUUCGUCAACAACAUUCAGUACAACGACCCCACAGCUGUGCAGAAUAUCAUCCAAGGAGCUACGAAUCAGGCCGCCAAGACGCCUCUGCCGCUGCAUCCCACUCAGCUGCCGCCUCUCCCACCGCCGCCCAAGAGUGCCGGUGGCCAACCCAUACGAGCGCUACCCAACGAUACCAGGAGCAUGACCUUUGACGAGAAGAUGGACCUCUUCUUUCCCGUAGCUCUUGGUAGCAGCACUGAUGCGAACGGCCAACCUAGAACGUCGAUUCCAGAGAUGCCUCUUGUUCCGUCGUCUUAUAUGCUAACAGGCGACUAUGCUACUGAGGGAAAGGGCGCAUUGGAUUCCAGAAGCAAUCACGAUCAGUCGAAGCAGUCCGAUCGCUCGACCAAGACUUCCAUCCGUACUCGCAGCAUUCUGGAGAUGGGGGAAGAAGAAGAAGCCCUCCCGGAUGUACCACCUCGCUUCACGUCCAAGUUCAGUGUCGACACGUCGGUCAUUACUGGCAGGCCCGACGAGCACGACUCUUGGAUUCCCGCCCUUCCAGCGAACGAAAGUGCCUGGGCCAAGCCGUCCUACGACGGAGCCAACCGGCGAUCAUCACCGGUCAUUCCGGUCCGCAACCAUAGCGUUUCUGAGUUCAGUGAGGUAAGGACUGCGAGAACUCGCGACGAGGAAACGACGACGAAUUGGGGAUCAAUCCAUUCGCCGGUGGCUGCGGUCAACAUCCAAGACGUUACGCACAUGCCCAAGCCCACGUGGAUUCAGCCACGCGACGAGCGAAACCCUCGAGACCUAUCUAUGAUUAGUCAAAAUGAUGGCAAGGAGGUCAUGACGAUUAUGCUCGACGCAUCCAUGGAACACGAUAUAGACCUGACCGAGGCUCCUCCGGCACGCCAAAACCCUGCCGAUCUCCCUGACGUGAGCGUCGCCGACCAGCGUGCUCGCUGGCAUCGCCGCAUUGGUGAUGAGAGCAUCACCUUCACUGAGCGCAAGGAAAAAGUACAGUCGCGCAGACAGCCCCCGCCGAUGCCUCUUCAGUUGCGGUCUCCCGUCAAGAAAAUGGCGAUUGUGAUGCAUGCCGCUGAGCCUUCCCCCUUGGAGUCGCCGCAGCAUGCGUACGAGAUGAUCCAGGCGCAGCUUAAGAAACUGGAGGAGCCCAGUAGGGACUCGUAUGAGAGCGAAAGCCAGAGGAUUCGUCUGCUCGAGUCCUUGGAGGCCGAGAUGGGGCAGCAAGAGAGCCAGUGGCACGAGAUGCAGCACGGCCUCAGCCGCAACUCGCUUUCCACGGUUGGAACAAGUUCGGUCCGCAACUCGCAGAGCGAGCUUGCGAUGGCUAACUCGCCAGCCGUUCCCAGCAUCGACGUUGUGCCUCAAGUGAUUCCCCAGCGCAACGACAUAUCGUUGGAACGCCAAGCCGCGCGCCGCUCUCAGAUGAGGGUCAUCAGCAAGUCAUCUGACGAGGACCUGAGAAGCGCUUCGUCCAUCUCGUCCCAGUCCAACUCAAGCGACAACCGCACUAGCCUCUGGCAACAGCGGCUGGCAGAUGCCCAGAUGGAAUAUAUGGAGAACGCAUCCGAACUAUUGGCAAAGCGAAACCUCAAUUUCUUGUCUGUCUCAAAGGCACCCUUGAGCGCCACGGCGUUGCAGCUGGGCAGUCCUACCCCACCGGACACCGACGAGUCCGACCCCGACGACGCUCAGAUACUCGCGAGGCUCAGGCCGAGCGAGCGAGCCACACCACCGGAAGGCCUCUGGAGCCCCGACUCGCCAGUUUAUUUUGAGCGCGAGCAACCGUCGCUGCUUUGGGCCCCGGCACACCGUCAUGUCGCGACUAAGUCGUCUGUCCCGAGCGGCGAUGGCCACUCCCUGCCUGGCCUAUCCGUCCGCCCUGCGACGCGCAAGGUCUUCGAACCCCUCAAUAUCUCGAGUUCGAGACUCUGGCAGCCUGACCACACCGCUGCUAAAAAGCUGCGGACCACCUCCGGAUUAUGGCGUGCCUCUUGGGUCCCUGAACCUCCCAAACCCCAGCCGCGUCCCGUCACACAGCGACCGCCAAGGCGAAACAAACGCGUCACUCUCCUACCCGACAUCCUCGAGAGCCCGCAGCCUCUUCCCGACAAGCGUGGCACCCUCGGCAUCUUCCAGUUUCCCUGGGGCGAGAAGUCGGACACUGCGACAGUCCAGCCGCGGCCCAGUCAUAUGUUGAUGGCUAUGCCUGGUACUAUGUCAACUGGUGGAUCAGCAAUUCGUGCCGCAUUGGAAGCUCGCGCACAGCAACUCGAGUCUGCAGAGUACUCUUCGUCCUUCUUUGACGAUUACGACGAGGAGGAGGAGGGCGACGACGAAGUUUCCGACAUUGAACUCGAUAACAACAGUGACGACGGCUUCGACGAGACUACCCUCUGGGAGAUCGCCAGCCUCUUGCAGUCGGACCAGGUGCCUUCCAAGAACAGCCUGCUUCCCCUGCCAGCAUACUACCGACCUGACUCAUUCGUCGAGGAGGAGCACUCUUCCCCGCGCUCACAAUCCGAGUACGAAGGCUCCGAGGAGGAAACCUCCAUGGCAGACGAGGACACAAAGCACGACAGCAUGGUCAUCACCAUCGCUGCCGCGGCCAUGCCCGCCGCGCCGGAACCAAUUUCUCUUCUUUGGGCCCCCGGGUCAAAGAGCUUCUCUACCGCCCGCAAGGUCACAGGUCUCCCGCAACCUGACGCUCGCACAUGGGAAAGCUACGUCGAGAAGCUGGAAGCCGCCCCGCGCGUCCGUGAGUGUGUCCUGGAACCUGCUGUCAUCCACAGCACCGCCCUCUGGACCUUGCCAGCAAAGAAGACAACGUCAAAGACGACCGGUCCAAUCACCGCUCUCUGGGCCCCGCUAGCAAAGAAGAUAACGUCAAAGGCGACUGGUCUGAUGUGGACUAAGCCGCAGCAACGGGCUGCCAGGACGCUGUGGGUCGCCCAGGCUCCCGUCGUCUAUACCGAGUCCACCGGCCUGUUCAAUACCAGCCAUAAGCGUGCCUGCUUCAGGACAACGUCGGCCGAGCCUGUUGGCCUUGGCAUGCCUUCGGGUGCCAGAGUGACAUCUGAGGAGCUGCCACAGCUCAUGUCAACAAGCCUCUGGUCC